AUGUCUGUAACUUCAUCGACCAAGCAUUCUUCUAAACUGUUGGUCGUCAGCAAGGAGAUACUCAAGAGAAAGACCAUGCUUCGUUCCACUCUCUGGUUUCUGCUCUGCCUUCUAAGCCACCAAACCAUGGUGUCAAGCAGCUGCCUCGAGCUCGAGAGGACGGCGCUCCUUGCCUUCAAGGCCAGCCUCAACAACACCCGAAUUGGCCUAGCCUCAUGGCAAGGCCUAGACUGCUGCACAUGGAAUGGAGUUGGCUGCGACGGCGCCGGCCAUGUUGUGAAGCUCCGCCUUCGGAACCCCUACAACCCCAUCAAUCAAAGCCAGUGGACUUUGGGUGGUGAGAUCAAUUCAUCCUUGCUUGCUUUAAGCCAUUUGAAACACUUGGAUCUCAGCAUGAAUGAUUUUGGUGGAAUCCUCAUUCCAGAAUUCUUUGGUUCUUUCAAAAGACUGGAGUACCUUAACCUCUCUGGAGCCAAUUUCAGUGGACUCAUACCCCCUCACCUUGGCAAUCUCUCUAGCAUCCGCUAUCUUGAUCUCAGUGCUUACUCCCUUUACAAGACUCGUGCUUAUAACCUUCAGUGGCUCACCCAUCUCUCUUCUCUGAAGCACCUCGACCUGAGUUUUGUGAACCUUUCCACUGCAGCAGAUUGGCUGCAAGCAGUGAAUAUGCUGCCUUCUCUUUCAGUGCUGCGUUUGGAAUCCUGUGGUCUUUCAGCCAUCCCCAGCUAUCUUCCCAUUGUCAACUUUACAGCUCUUACAACACUCGAUCUUCUCGAUAACAACCUCAACUCUACCUUACCCAAUUGGUUGUGGAAUCUCAGCAGCCUUACCUAUCUCGAUCUUUCGAGCAAUGGAUUCCAUGGUCCAAUUUCUGAAUCACUUGGAACCUUAACUAAUCUUCAAAUUCUAGCGUUAGGACACAACAACUUUGAGGGUACGGUGCCGAGAUCGAUCAAAAACCUCUGCAGCUUGAAUGCUCUACUCUUGUCAAGUAAUGGUCUUCGUGGAGAGAUUGCAGAAACAGUGCCAAGAUGCAUGUGGAGCAAUCUGAGAUCCCUGGACCUGGGGGGUAAUAAGCUAAGAGGGAAUUUGACCGGCUGGCUUGAGAACCUGACAAAUCUCAAUUUUCUCGAUCUCAGCACAAACUCAUUUGAUGGCCCCAUACCUUCUGGGAUUGGGAAGCUCUCUAGCCUGACUUACCUAGAUCUAAGUGAUAACUCCUUUGAAGGUAUUGUAUCUGAAGCUCACUUUGCCAACCUUACUAGAUUAUACUUACUAACAUUUUCCUUGAACUCCUUGAUCUUGGAGGUAGACCGAAGCUGGGUCCCUCCUUUUCAACUCCAGAUAAUUGGAUUUCGUUCUUGUCGGCUGGGGCCCAAAUUUCCGGCAUGGCUUCGAUCUCAGAUGAGUAUCAUGACACUUGAUUUGUCCAACACAAGCAUCGCAGAUGCAGUGCCUGAUUGGUUUUGGAAUUCAUCUUCUUUGUCUGUUCUGGACCUAUCCAAUAAUCAGAUAACUGGAAACUUGCCAUUAACCUUGGAGUUUAUGACAGACUUAUAUGUUUUGGAGUUGAGCUCAAACCAAUUGGAGGGUCUGGUUCCAUCGCUACCAAGUGGCCUCCAAGUAUUGGAUCUGUCCAACAAUUCAUUUUCAGGGCCAUGGCCUCCAACCUUAGCUGCGUCACCAUUUCUUUUUGCCUUGUUAAUCCCAAAUAAUCUAAUAAAUGGUAGCAUUCCGUCAUCUAUAUGUGAAUUGACAUCUCUAGCUAUUCUCGAUCUAUCAAACAACUUCUUAUCAGGAGAACUCCCUCGAUGCUGGAGAGAGUGCUCAGAGCUGGAGGCCUUGGACUUGGCCAAUAAUAACCUUUCUGGGGAAAUUCCUAGUUCGAUGGGUUCUUUAUCUGGACUUCAAUCCCUUCACCUAAACAAUAACAGUUUCUUUGGAGAACUUCCUUCAUCUUUGCAAGACUUCGUGUUCUUCGUGGCUCCAAGUUGGGGCUACGUUUUCUCCCAGCAGCAGGGCAGCAGGAGAAAAACUGAGCAACGUUUGCGUUCUACUUCAAACUAA